UGCAAAUGAAUUCAGUACUGCCGUUUCCCGCCAAACGAAAAUAUUGAAAUCGAAUCACCGUCGAUCUCCGGCGUCCGUUUUGGAAUGUGCAGGCGGAGGCAAUGAUUGCUCUUAUCGGCGAUAAUUACUUCGAAUCCUGAUAUGAAACCGUUUUGAUACGUUUUUCUUUUUUUGGUUGAAUUGCGGGAGGUUUUCUGUCCAAUCGCCUCGAUUGCGUAGCUAUGUCAGUUGCCGGUGCGAACACUUCGUCGCCACUCUCGCUGUCGAAAUCCGGCGCCACCACUUGCGGUUCUCUUCUCCGCGAACUCCAGGCAAUCUGGGACGAGAUUGGAGAGACUGAUGUUGAAAGGGAUAAGAUGCUUCUUCAGUUGGAGCAGGAGUGCCUUGACAUAUAUCGAAAGAAAGUGGAAAGAAGUAGACGGUACAAAGCUGAGUUGCACCAAUCAUUCUCAGAGUAUGAAGCCGAAAUCACUCAUCUUACUUCGGCUCUUGGAGAGCGAGUUUCUGUGCCUCGGUAUGACAGAGUGAAAGGAAAUAUCAAGCAGCAAAUAUCUGUAAUAAGCCCUACCUUGGAGAGUCUGCGGCUAAAGAAACAGCAGAGAGUAAAGGAGAUGUCUGAUAUUGAAUUCCAGAUUGCACGAAUCCGAUCAGAAAUAGCAGGCAGUGAUCACAUUUUGGAUCACAAUGAUAUUCAUGUGGAUGAAUCGGACCUAACAACCAAGAAGUUGGGGGAAAUGAAAUCGAACCUUCUGGAACUUCAGUCCGAAAGGAAUCUGCGACUGCAGAAGGUCAACGGACAUAUUAGUGCAAUCUAUGAGCUCUCAGCUGUCAUGUCACUAGAUUUUAAGAAGAUAGUUAGUGAGAUUCACCCGAGUUUUGUUGACAGUUGCUCUGGUCAUUCAAAGAGUAUAAGCAAUGAAACACUAGCUAGAUUAACUAGUGAAAUGAAUUCACUGAAGCAAGAGAAACAGCAGCGAUUAUUGAAGGUGAAAGAGCUUGGGCAGAUUCUUCAAGAUCUUUGGACACUCUUGGAUACGCCUGUUGACGAGCAACGAAGAUUUCAUCAUGUCACACACUUCAUUGCGUCUAAUGCUGAUUCAGUAAUGAGCCCUGGAUCUCUAUCUAUUGAUGUCAUUGAGCAGACUGAAGCUGAAGUUGAGCGCUUGAAUACUUUGAAAGCAAGUAAGAUGAAGGAGCUUAUAUUUAAGAGACAGUCUGAACUUGAAGGGAUAUAUAAAGGGGUUCAUAUGGAGGUUGAUAGUGAUAAAGCACAGCAGAUUCUCUCAUCGCUAGUAGAAUCUGGUAAUAUUGAUCUUUCUGAUCUGUUAUUGAGCAUGGAUGAUCAAAUUACAAAGGCUAAAGAGCAGGCUCAAAGUAGAAAGGAUAUAUUGGAUAAGGUGGAGAAGUGGAGGCAUGCAUCCGAAGAAGAAAGCUGGCUUGAGGAGUAUGAAAGAGAUGAAAACCGAUACAGUGCUGGAAGAGGAGUGCACAAGAAUUUAAAACGUGCAGAGAAAGCUCGGAUUUUAGUCAGCAAAAUACCAUCUCUUGUCGAGAAUCUAACCGCAAAAGUGAAGGCGUGGGAACAUGACAAAGGAAUGCCUUUUCUAUACAAUAAGGCUCCUUUGCUGCAGAUGCUGGAGGAAUUCACCAUUUCCAGGCAAGAGAAAGAAGAAGAGAAGCGACGAUCACGAGAACAAAAGAAGCUACAAGAUCAAUUAGCUGCAGAACAAGAAUCACUCUUUGGCUCAAGGCCAGCUUUCAAGAAACCACUGGGACACAGCCCAUUUCCCAACUCAGUAGGAACUCCAAACAGUCGUCGUGUGGGAACACCAUCUCGUCCUGCAAUCUCUACUGGAAAAGACAGACGAGACAACAGUAAGUCGGGAGGCGUAAUUCCCAUUAACUAUGUGGCUCUCCCCAAGGAUGAUAGAGUCAAGUAAGUAAACUGCAAUGCUCACCAUGCUCCCCUUCAUGUUGGUGGUAUAUAGCUGGCGACUCCUGAUGCCUAAUUCCCUGAUAAUCGAUUCUAACUCUACCUGAUAUUCUUUGUCAUGAACCUUAUAUAGCACAAGUAUAUGCAAAGUGAGUCUACAUACAAUCGAAUGGAUGAUUUCUUAGGCUUGAGACGAUGCAACGAUCAUAGAAUAAAUAUGAAACACAAUCUGUCUGAUACCAUUUCUUCUUGUCCAUAUGUGUUUCGGUUUUCUUAUACAUUCA